AUGGCGGCGGCCCCGCUCUACUGUGUCUGCCGGCAGCCCUACGACGUGAGCCGGUUUAUGAUCGAGUGCGACACCUGCAAGGACUGGUUCCAUGGCAGCUGCGUACAUGUGGAAGAGCACCAAGCCGUGGAUAUUGAUGUUUACCACUGCCCCAACUGUGACGUCCUACAUGGACCCUCCCUAAUGAAAAAGCGAAAAAAUUGGCACCGCCAUGAUUACACGGAACCCGAUGGAGCCAAACCGGUGCAAGCAGGCACCCCCGUGUUUGUCAAGGAGCUGCAGAGCAGGACCUUUGCAAGCGGCGAAGAAAUCAUGACGCGCAUGCGCGGAGAGCAGGUGACUCCCAAAUUCCUGGAGCGCUCCGGCUUCCGCCAACCCAUCGUGGUCACCGAAAUGGAGGGCCUGGGCCUCAAGCUGCCACCGCCCACGUUCGGCGUGCGGAACGUGGAGCAGUACGUGGGUGGCGACAAAGUGAUCGACGUGAUCGACGUGGCGCGCCAAGCCGAUACCAAGAUGAAGCUCAGCCAGUUCAUCAAGUAUUUCACUAGCCCGCACCGGCCCAAAGUUCUCAAUCUCAUCAGUCUGGAGUUCUCCGACACCAAGAUGUCCAAACUGGUGGAAGUACCCGACGUGGCUCGGAAAAUGUCUUGGGUGGAAAACUACUGGCCCGACGACUCCUUCUUCCCCAAGCCAUUUGUGCAGAAGUACUGCCUGAUGGGCGUCAAAGACAGCUACACCGACUUCCAUAUCGACUUUGGGGGAACGUCCGUGUGGUACCACGUCCUCUGGGGCGAGAAGGUGUUCUACCUGAUCAGGCCCACGCCCGCCAACUUGGCGCUUUACGAAGCCUGGAGCUCCUCGCCCAAUCAGAGCGAGGUGUUCUUCGGGGACAAAGUGGAUAAAUGCUACAAGUGCGUGGUACCGCAGGGAACUACAUUGCUAAUCCCGACAGGUUGGAUCCACGCUGUCCUCACCUCUCAGGAUUGCAUGGCGUUCGGCGGCAACUUCCUACACAACCUCAACAUUGGCAUGCAGCUCAGGUGUUAUGAAAUGGAGCGUCGUCUGAAAACGCCCGACCUCUUCAAGUUUCCUUACUUUGAGGCCAUCUGCUGGUACGUGGCCAAGAAUCUUCUGGAAACGCUCAAGGAGCUUCGAGAAGACACGCGACCGCCUCCGACGUAUCUAACGGAAGGUGUCAAGGCUUUAAUUUGCGCACUGAAGACCUGGCUGAAGAGAGAGGUGACGCAACCCAACAGCGAGGUCCCGGAUAACAUCAGGCCAAACCAUCUCAUUAAGGAGCUCACCAAGGAAAUACGACACCUAGAGGAGGAUGGGAGCAAUGGAAUCAAGCCCCUCAAAUCUCAGGGAAGCGUUUGCGGAGGCUCCAGCGGGUGCACGUCCACCCGUGCCACGCUAGAGCGUCUGUGCCAGGCGCGGCAGGCCCGCCGCGCCGCCCGUCGCUUAAGAGAGCAGCAGCGACACAUUCCCAGGACGCCAUCUAACCUGGACAUCCUGGAGAGACACACCAGGGAGGUGCUAAAGAGGCUGGAAGUGGGACCCCUAGAGGAGGAUCCGGCGUUCUGCACCAAAGUUCGCGGGAAGCUCAACAAGGCGUCCACGGCUUCAGCGGCCGCCGCCGCGGAGUCCCUUGAAGAAAACCACCUGAGGCUCAUGCUGGUCAAUGGCAGGAUUAUACGGGACAUGAGACGGCCCGCGGCAAGCCCAAGAGCUCACAAGAGCAAGCCAGACAGAAUCAAUCGAGGCCCGCACGCCGAUGCCCAAAAAGUCGUCGCAGGAGUAGAGAGAGUGAAGAGCGAACUCGGGGAAGAAGCGUCCGGAAACUCGUGCGCGUCAGACGAGGAUUCGGACGUCGACGCGCCUACGCAGCGCAAAGCGUCGCCGCUUUCGUCGUCCUCCGACGAGGAGUCCGAGGAAGACGAGCGAAGGCAGAAAGGACACACCAUCGAGCUGGACCAGCCUCGCCAGAAGACACUCAAACGAGAACGCCCUACCUCACCCAGCACGGAAGAAGCCAUUCAGGGGAUGUUGUCCAUGGCGGGCCUGCUGUGCCCCUCCGAGCCGGAGAAGGCGGCCUCGCCCGGGGAGCCCUGGUGGGCGUCCGGCGCCCCUCGGGGUCCGUCGGCUCGCCAGCAGGGGGACUCCAGUCCCAUGGACAGCCAGGGGAACAGCAGCGAGGCCUGGGACAAUCGGGGCCUGCCCAGCCCGGAGCACAACUACCAGUACUGUGACCCCGACAUGUCGCCGCCUCUGCACCCCUCCAAGAGGCACGCCCCCAACCCCCCGCCCGUCAGCAAUCAAGCCACCAAAGGCAAACGUCCCAAAAAAGGCAUGGCCACCGCCAAGCAGAGACUGGGCAAGAUUUUAAAAAUCAACAGACACAGUCGCGUUUUUGUCUGA